CAUUGAAUAAAGACCAACUCGCAAGAGCAUUAACAAUGUUUAACAAAUAAGACCAUUCUUGAUAGUUGUAGAUGUAAAAUGCCCAUUCUCAUCUUUUCAUUCUAGAUCUUGGUAGUAAGCAAUUCCAUUCGAAUCAACUCUGAAAUCUUUCUGAACUUUCUCAAAGAUCUUCUUCUUAGGGUUGAGUUAGGUGGUGCAUUAUGCUCGAUGCCUUCAAAUUUCACAGUAUCUCCUGUCUUGUCUCCUUUAGGAAGAGUUAAGAGUUCAACAGAGGUAAAGUCCUAACUUGUGACACAAAGAACCAUGCUUUGGCUUGGAUAUUCACCUAAUUUAUUGGUCUUAAGAUUAGCUGCUACACAAACCAUAACGUUUACUAUUUGAUAUAUUGGAACAAAUUGUUGGAGCCCACUGGCAAUCAAGGAUGGUUCAGCUUCUCCAAUAUCGAUGGUUGAAAACUUGUGUGACCAGUUGGAACUCCUUUUUUCCUACCUUUAAACAGGUUUCUUUCAACUCUUCAUCAACUAUUCUUGCUCUGCAACUUCUAUAUUCAUCACGGAGAAUGAAGACGGUAGCUCCGCCUAAAGUUAUUGGGAAAAGGUAGUUGCUCAGAAAGGAUGUUAUUUUAUG